UAUUUACAAGCUAUAGUCUGCGCGCCAUUUUGGGAAUUUUGUGGCUUAUAUUAGCGGUUACAUUAGACUUUGAUUUCUUAUUUAUUUAGCGUAGCAUUUUAUUUACUUUAUUUACAAAAACAUGGGUAAAGACAAAAAGACAGAAACCAGCGACGGUUCCAGUGAAGAAGAGUACGUUGUUGAAAAGGUUUUAAAUAAGAGAACCGUGAAGGGAAAGGUACAGUAUCUUCUAAAAUGGAAAGGUUAUAAAGAAGAGGAAAGUACUUGGGAACCAGAAGAAAAUCUGGACUGCGAGGAAUUGAUUAAAACAUUUGAAGACAGCAGGAAGGAAAAAGAGGCAAAAGUGAAAAAAACUGAAGAGCGCACCAAAAAACGGAGGCGUGAAUCUAGUGAUGAUACAAGUACAACAGGCCGCAAGGGACGAGGGACCAGUGUGUCUUCUCUGGAGGAACACAAAGACUCAAAGAAGGAAAAGAAAGAUGACAAGGCAAAAUCGGGUUUCGAGAAGGGUCUUAAAGCAGAAAAAAUAAUAGGAGCAUCGGACGCUACAGGAGAGUUGAUGUUUUUAAUAAAAUGGGCAGAUUCAGAUGAAGCUGAACUAGUACCGGCUAAAGUUGCUAAUGUUAAGUGCCCCCAACAGGUAAUUGCAUUCUACGAAGAGAGGUUGACAUGGCACACUCCAGCCGAGUCGGAGUGAUAGUGCCUUUUGGCGAGAGACUAAAAUUGUGAUAAAACAGUGUCUGUGGUGAUUUUAUAAGAGAGUGGAGGUCUUUCCCUUCAUGUUAUGUGUUACGUUGUUACAUGGGACACAAUACUUCCUCAGGAAUUUCUCAGAAGAUCUAUUACUUGAUUCCAUUAAAAUAUCUAGUCGGAAUGUUCAAGAAUAGACAUGUCAGCUUAGUUUUUAUAUAAUGUAACAAACUGUAUAUUAGCUGAACAUAUAAAAAUAUUUCAUUUGAUGAAAUUCCAUAACAUCUGUUAUAUUCUAUAUUAAUAAUAAAUACGAACUACUUGA